GGGUCGCGAUAGUUUCGUCAAGUUGUUGACAUUGCAGUCGUGUGUGUUCGUUUCCAGUGUUCUUUUGUUGUGAAGAAAAAUUGCAUCCUUGUUGUGUGGUCAUAUUCGGCAUUUGCAUUGCAUUGCAUUUGCUCAUCAUCCCCAUACCCCAGCUUACUGCGAUAGAAGGAAAAUAUAAGCUAAAAAGGCAAUGGAAGAGGAUUUACCUACAGAAUUUGAUUUAAUAGUUAUCGGAACGGGUCUGACGGAAUCGAUUGUAGCGGCCGCUGCAAGUCGUAUCGGUAAAACGGUCCUCCACUUGGACACCAACGACUAUUACGGUGGCUAUUGGGCAUCAUUCAACUUGGAAGCGUUCCGCAAAUAUCUUCACUCCACGGGCGACGGCAGUAGUUCGACGACGGAUUCCGCUCCAGCCACCGAACAAAUCAAUAGCAGUAAUUUUCUUCGGUUGAACUUGCUGCCGACGGGCGUUCGGAAUGGGUGCGAGCGUUGGUAUGAGUUUGCGGAGAAGGGCGAGGUGGACGGUUGGAACCGGGAACGGAUCGAGCAGGAGUUCCGGCGAUUCAACAUUGAUCUGGCACCAAAGCUGCUGUAUGCCCGCGGUACCAUGGUGGAUCUGUUGAUCUCGUCCAACAUAUGCCGGUACGCCGAGUUCCGAGCACUAGACCGUGUGGCCACCGUAUGGGAUGGGCGCAUAAUGACGGUACCAUGCUCCCGGUCGGACGUUUUUACCAGCAAAGAUGUAAAUGUGAUCGAAAAACGACUGCUGAUGAAGUUCCUGCAGAGCUGUGCGUCGUACGAGGAAGAUGCGGAAGCGAAGGAGGAGCUGGAGGGCAAAACAUUUAUGGAACACUUGCAGGCACACAAACUAACGCCAAACCUGGUCCACUACGUACUGUGCGCCAUAGCGAUGGGAAACGAGCGUACGCCGUGCCGGGACGGGGUGGCAGCGGUUAAAAAGUUCCUCAUGAGUCUUGGCCAUUAUGGGAACAGUCCGUUUCUGUUUCCCGUGUACGGGUGUGGCGAAAUACCGCAGUGCUUCUGCCGACUGUGUGCCGUCUUCGGAGGAAUCUACUGCCUCAACAAGGCCGUCGAAGGCAUUCAGCUGGAACAGGGCAACGAAGGGCUUAGGUACGAAUCGGUGAAAUGUGGCAAACAGAACAUUAGCUCGAAACAUGUGGUCGUGGGACAAGGUUACCUGCCGCGCACGGUAUUCACCACGCGUACGCCGGUGGAAUGUGGGAAGCUAGAGCCGUGCGGGAAUUUGGCACGGGCCGUGAUAUUAACGAAUGUGCCUUUCGGUGGUGCAUCUCAGAAUCCGGGUGGUGGUGGGGUAGCGAUUUUGAAGCUUCCGGCUGUGAGCGGCCGGCAGGAUGGUGUCACUAUUCUUCAGAUGUCUCAUUCCAGUGGAACAUGCCCCAAAGAAAUUUAUCUUAUUCAUGCGACUACAAGAGCUGUAAGCCAAAAUCCGGAGGAGGACCUCAAACCGUACAUCGCACAAAUUCUCAGCAAAGAAUAUUCGAGCCCGGUCAAAACGGUCGAAGAAGAUGGCAAGGGUGACGCUGGAGACGGAAAUGGGCAGCAAGAAAAUACUACUUCAACCAUACUGUACGAAGCAUACUUUAACAUUCCCAGUUGCCUUGCAUGCGCCGAAAAUGCAAAUGUGUCCCUGCCCGAGGGUGUUCAUCUGGUGUGCGGUCCCUACCACGAGCUGGACUACGAUCAAACGAUCCAGCAAGCCAGAACAAUGUUCCGUGAAAUUUACCCCGACGAAGACUUUCUUCCCCGAGCUCCCGAUCCGGAAGAGAUAAUUAUCGGCGAGGAGGAACCGGUAGCGGAACCGGGUGACCCGGUAACGGAAAACAAUGAGCCGGUGGAUAAUGCCAGUGAGUGUCGCGAAACGGAAGCAGACCCAUCGGUCGCUCAGGAAGCGAAGGAGGAUGCGAUCGACAAGGCGGAAGAAUGCACUGAGCACAAAUAAGAGCAGCAGACCAUGUAAAAGGUGCGCCGAGACUACUGCCAACUAUACAUUAUUAUUUGAUAUUGUAAACGAUCGUACAGUGGGACGGACUAUGAUUCGCCUUACCGCUUUUUGCACCAUCGCCGAUAUUCGAAAUAAAGUGAGCAUUUACGCUUAUUGCCGCGCAAACUACAGGUUCUAACUGGUCUGGUCGCACUACGAAUUA